AUGGCGCUACCGCCAUUAAACCUCCACACCCACCAUCAGUUUUCCUUCUCUUCUUCUUCUACCCCUGCUUCUUGUCCAUUUUCUUCGCUGAACACACUCACGUUUCAGACCAUUCACCUCUUCAAAAUUGUAAAACUGCCCCGAAAAUGCAGAAGAACUUUUCCCAUAUCGUCCUCAACUUCCCCUCCUCAAUCCUCCCCAAUUUUCCUCCCUUACCUCCAAACCCCAGAAAGGAAACAGAGCCCGGAACCCGUGCUCGAAAGUGAUUCGGAAAUUACCGACGACCCUAUCGUCAAUUUCUUCAAGGCCCGAAGUUCGGGCCCGGAACCAGACCCUGGCCGACAAGGUCGCAUCUCCCUCAAAAAAAACCGAAGAACUUCGUGGCAGUUAGCGCCCGGCUUCCAUAACAUGGAUUCCGAUUCAGAACCUGAGAAUUACCAAGUGCCCAUUUCCCAGAAUGCUGAAGAAAAGUCGCCGUCGGGGGUUGUGGAAGAAAUUAUGGGAAUUGCAAGGGCGUUACCGGAAAAUGUCACAUUAGGGGAGGCGCUGGGGAGCUGUGAUUUUGGGGGGAGAUUAGGGAAGAAGGAGUGUAUGGAGGUGUUGAGGGUUUUGGGUGAGGAGGGUGAUGUGAUGAGCUGUUUGUAUUUCUUUGAGUGGAUGGGGUUGAGAGAGCCUAGUUUGGUUUCCUCACAAGCUUGCUCGGUUUUGUUUGUGAUUUUGGGCAACGCUGGUAAAGGAGACAGCUUGUUGGUGAUAUUGAAUAAUUUGCCUUUCCAGCAGGAUAGAGAGUUUAGAGAUGUUCGGGUUUUCAAUGCUGCAAUUUCUGGCCUUAUGUGUUGUGGGAGGUAUGGUGAUGCUUGGAAAGUCUUUGAGAUGAUGGAAACGAGUAAUAUCCAACCCAACCAUUUGACGUGUUGCUUAAUGAUCACAAUCAUGAGGAAGAGUGGCAAUAGUGCAAAAGAUUCGUGGGAAUUUUUCCAAAAAAUGACCAAAAAGGGCGCGGAUUGGAGUGUAGAAGCCGUGGGUGCUCUUAUCAAAUCGUUCUGUGACGAGGGUCUGAAAAGAGAAGCCCUCAUUAUCCAAUCAGAACUCGAGAAGAGAGGUACACAAUCUAACGCCAUUAUUUACAACACAAUCAUGGAUGCCUAUAAUAAAUCGGACCAAAUCGACGAGGCCGAGGGCCUUUUUGCCGAGAUGAAGACCAAAGGCAUAUCUCCAACGGCCGCCACAUAUAACAUCUUAAUGGACGCGUAUAGCAAAAGAAUGCAACCCAAAAUCGUCGAGAAAUUACUCCAAGAAAUGGAAGAUAAUGGCCUCGAGCCGAACGUGAGAUCCUACACGUGCCUAAUUAGCGCGUACGGGAGGCAAAAAACAAUGAGUGACAUGGCGGCAGACGCUUUCUUGAGAAUGAAAAAAGUCGGCAUAAAACCCUCGACCCUUUCGUACACGUGUCUAAUCCACGCGUACUCGGUUGACGAGUGGCACGAGAAAGCUUACACGGCUUUCGAGAAUAUGUUGAGAGAAGGUGUAAAGCCCUCGAUUCAAACGUACACAGCUCUAUUAGACGCGGCGAGACGCGCGGGAGACACUAAAACCCUUAUGACGAUUUGGAAGAUGAUGAUGAGGGAGAAAAUCGGAGGGACGCGCGUGACUUUUAACACGCUUCUCGAUGGGUUUGCGAAGCACGGGCAUUACGUGGAGGCGCGAGAUGUGAUAUUCGAGUUUGGGAAAAUCGGGCUUCACCCGAACGUGAUGACGUAUAAUAUGUUGAUGAAUGCUUACGCGAGAGGCGGGCAAGAGUCGAAGUUGCCGCAACUUUUAAAAGAAAUGGCUGCGCUUAACUUGAAGCCCGAUUCGAUUACCUACUCGACGAUGAUAUACGCGUACCUUCGCGUGCGUGAUUUCAAGAGGGCCUUUUUUUACCACAAGCAGAUGGUGAAAAGCGGGCAGGUGCCGGAUGCCCGGGCGUACAGGAAGCUGAGGGCUAUUUUGGAGGUGAAGGCGAAGAUAAAGAACAGGAAAGAUAAGAGUGCUUUAAUGGGGAUUAUAAGAAGCAGCAUGGGUGUUAUGAAGCAGAAGAGGGCAGGGAAAAAGGACGAGUUUUGGAAAAAUAAGAAAAAGCGGCCACGGAUUCAUCACAACUCCGCUCGGUAA